AUGUAUAAGUCGGAUGCAUUAUGUGCAAGUGACGAUGAUGGUACAAUUGGUUACUCUAGUGAUGAUAAUGAGAUUGACACCAGUCAUCGAAGUGUUCAUACCCUUGACUAUUCAAGUGAUAGUUCAAGUGAAGCUAGCCUUGUCCUACAAAAUGUUCGUAAACGUGCAAGACCCAUAUCAAGCAGUGAUGAUUCUGAUGUAGCAGACGAUGGAUGGAAUUGGACAGAAGAAGAAAAUAUUGUAAACAUAAAACAGUUUACUGAAACUCCCGGUAUCAAUCCAUUAGUAUUACGAACAUUGGGAGCAAAUUCGACACCUCUGUGUGUUUUAAAACAAAUUUUAUCUGACGACUUUUUUCAAAUGAUAGUCACGGAAACAAAUAGAUAUGCAGCUCAAAUGAACAUGCAACGCAAUACGAAAAUGAGCAAGGACUGGUUUCCAGUAACGAGUGAUGAAAUCAAGGCAUAUUUUUCGUUAUGUAUUAUAAUGUCUCAGGUAAAAAAAUCCAAAAUAGACCUGUAUUGGUCAAAACGCAGAAUACUAGAAACACCUGUUUUUCCCCAAAUUAUGCCUCGUAAGCGUUUCCUAUCUAUAACGCACUAUCUCCAUUUUGUGAAUAAUGAGAUGAUGUCUAAAGAAGAUAGAAUACGAAAAGUUCAAUCCGUGGUGAAAUAUCUAAAUACCAAAUUCCAACAAUUAUAUGUUCCAGAAGAAGAUGUAGUCAUAGACGAAUCACUUAUGAAGUUCAGAGGGCGGCUGAAUUACGUACAAUUUAUUGCAUCAAAACGUGCUAGAUUUGGAGUUAAAUUUUACAAAUUAUGUGAGUCUACUUCUGGGUAUUGUUCUAAGUUUAAAAUUUACACAGGACAGGAUAAAACUCAAGGAAGCGAUAUACCUGUAUCACAGAGUGUAGUAAUGGAGUUAGCCAAACCUAUUUUAGGGAAAGGGUAUACCUUGUUUUUAGACAACUGGUAUUCCUCCCCAGAAUUAUUCAAAAUUUUGAAUAAAAAUAAUACAAAUGUUGUUGGAACAGUUAGGAAAAAUCGAAAAAAUAUGCUACACAAGCUUACAUCGUACAAACUAAAAAAGGGAGACGUAACAACGUUAUCCUGUAGCGGUAUUCUGUGCUUACGCUGGCGUGAUAGGAAAGAUGUAUAUAUAAUGAGCAGCAAACAUUCAAAAGCAGAAAUGGUUGCCACAGGAAAAAUAAGAAGAAAGAAAGGAGGCGAGCAAGAAGAUGUUGUAAAACCUAGUUGUGUAAUAGAGUACAAUCGUGGAAUGGGAGGGGUCGAUAGACACGACCAAUUUCUUGCAAGUUUUCCACUAAUGCGGAAGUGUCAAAGGAUAUAA